AUGGCGCGGAAGGACCUGGUUGACGGACUGCGCAUCAUGGAUGGAGACAGAGCACCUGGGAUGUGCGAGGACUGCAUAUAUGGAAAGCAGACCUCAAGGCCCUAUGAUGAGGACUACAUGCCAGAGACAGAGCUCCUUGCCCUAGUCCACGUUGACCUAUGGGGACCCACACGAGUACGGUCAACGGGGGGAGCCAGGUACCUCAUGGUCUUCACUGAUGAUGCAUCCUCCUUCUGUAAGGCCUACUUCCUCUCUGAGAAAUCAGGCGACGCUACCCUCCAGGCUAUCAAAGAAUACCGGGCAGAGAGCGAACACCAGACAGACAGAAAGCUCAAGAAGCUGCAUCUCGACAUGGGGAAGGAGUUCCUGAACUGGGCAUGUGAGGAGUACUGCAGAGAAGCUGGGAUUGUACUCAAAUCAAUGGCACCAUAUGUGCAUGCCUCAAAUGGAGUCCCUGAACAAACAAACCACACUGUUGUUGAAGGAGUGCGCUGCCUCCUCUGUGACUCUGGACUCCCCCCAUCACUCUGGGCUGACGCAGCGGCAACAUCAGUGUACACCAGGAACCUCAUACCCUCGAGUCGCCACCCUGGAAAGGUGCCUGCAGAGGUCUGGACUGGAAAGCGGCAGGAUGUCAGCCACCUACACCCAUUCGGAUGCACCGCAUAUGCCAAAGUACCAAAGGAGGUGAACCCUUCCAAAAUUGGCCCUAUCUCCAUCAAGUACUCACUUAUUGGCUACUAUGACCGUGACGCAUACAAACUUUUCGACUGCCACACAGGAAAGGUCAUCAAAAGCCAAGACAUCAUUUUUGAGGAGGGGACAGGACAUCACACACUACCAGCAGCGCCGCCCCCCACAGAUUCUGAUGACAUGUAUGACAUCUUUGCUCCCACACCCACAGAUGACACAGAAGCUGGUGACAGGACCCCAGGAAGGGUGGUCCGAGAGGCGUUGCCUGUGGCACCCCAGACUCACCCAACCGAUGUCCUUCACGAUGCACUGCCCAUGCCUAUGCAACCCGCAACACCAGCAGACCCACACCCUACUGCCACCAACACACUGCCAUUCCCUGACACAGCACCACGAAGAUUGGCGCACACUGCACACCUGACAACUGCGAUCCUGGAGUCGCAUGAGUCUGAGGAGUGGCUGACUCAGGCAAAAUCCGAUGGCUUGGAUUGGGCAACAGACAGCUCCAAACCACAGACAAUGCUUGCCACUGACUUCCCCUCAUUCCACACCGAGCUGGAUGACUACAUGGCAAUGCUUGCCUUGUCCUCAGACCACCACCUCCUGUGA